AUGAACAAAGAGAUACAAGAUUUCAUAAAUGAACAUAAGGACUUUGUGUUCCUUUCAGAGACUAAUAGAAUCAAAUGUGAGACAACCAAGCAUGAGAUGCCAUUGAAGAUUGAUCAAUUGAAAACUCACUUGGCAUCAAAGAGUUAUAAGAUUGCAGUUGAUCAACAAUAUGACUAUUCAUCAUUCCUUCCAUAUAUCGUACAAUCAAAGAAUCCACGCAAGAUGUAUUGCAAGUUGACAAAGUUGGACUUGAACAAGAAUGUAGUAGAGAUCAAGAAUCAUAUCAAUGGCAAGGCUUAUAAAACUGCACUGGAGAAGAGAUCUAAACCAAACUCACAGAAGCCUGAUGGAGAGGAGGGUGAUGGAGAUGAUGAUGAAGACAAGGAGGACGAUGAUAUUGUGGACUUUGACGAGGAAGAAGAUGAUGAUGCCGAAGAUAAAAUUGAGGAGGAUGACGAUGACGAAGACGACGAUGAUGCAGUCCCAGAUGACGACGAAGAUAGUGACGAUGAUGAAGACGACGAUGAAGAAGAAGAAGUCGAGGAAGAGGACUUUGAAGGAUUCGACCACGAGAAGGAUUUGGAUGGCAAAGAAGAUGACGACGAAGAGGAAGAUGAUGAAGACGAAGAAGACGAAGAGGAAGAAGAGGUUGAACAACCAAAGAAGAAGAACUCUGCCAAAGCAAACAACAAAUCCAACAACACCAACACCAACAAUAACAAAAAUAACAACAAGAGGACCAACAACAAAGUGAAGCUGGACGCCAAUAAGGGAAAUAACAAGAAGCAAAAGAAGUAA